AUGCGUCAAGAAGUGCAAAAUAAACCCCAAAUGGGGAAUCGAUCUAUGGGCUUUGCCCUUAAGCGCAGGAACGACCGUUUUGUGGUGGAGCCUAUCGGAGGAAUUGAGAAUCCAGCCUAUGAACCCGAUCUCGGUGGGGAUAUAGCCACAACAAGUGAAUUUGCUCGAAAAUGGCGAGUAUAUAUUUAA